AUGUACACUGAUCAUCAGGGCACAUCACCAUCAGUGCCAGUCAGUGCCACCUAUCAAUGCCAAUCAGUGCCACCUAUCAGUGCUGCCAAUCAGUGCCACCUAUCAGUGCCAGUCAGUGUCGCCUAUCAGUGAGCAUCAGUGCUGCCUAUCAGUGCCAGUCAGUUCUGCCUAUCAGUGCCGCCUAUCAGUGCCAUAUAUCAGUGUCAUGUAUCAGUGCUGCCUUUCAGUGCCCAUCAGUGAUGCCUGUCAAUGCCCAUCAGUGCAACCUACCAGUGCCUCCUCAUCAGUGCCCAUCAGUGCCACCUAUCAGUGUCCAUCAGUGCAGCCUAUCAGUGCCCAUCACUGCAGCCUCAUUAGCGCACAUCAGUGAAGGAGAAAAAUCACUUGUUUACAAAACUGUAUAA